GUGGCUCUGAGCUGUGGGCGUGUGCAGUUGAUGGUACAACUGGUUGGAUGGGUUUUCAGGACUUGAAUGAACUCGCAGGCAGCGGAGAGGCAGCACGCGGACACACACAGAGCAGAUCAUGACGUCAGCUGAUUCCAGCCCUCUGACCACUCACGUGCUGAACACCGGAGACGGCGUCCCGGCAGCCAAGAUGGAUGUCAGCCUGCACCGGCUGGAGUCCAAGCUGAUGAUCUGGAACAUGCUGAGUGUCGGGACUACAAAUGAAGAUGGCCGCUGCUCAGGACUCGUCAGCAGAGAAGCGUUCAGCCCCGGCAUGUACAAGCUGCGCUUUGAGACGGGCUCCUACUGGGAGAGAAUGGGUCAGAACUCCUUCUACCCAUAUGUAGAGGUUGUGUUCACCAUCACUGAGACGGAGCAGAGGUUUCACCUCCCUCUGCUGAUGAGUCGCUUCUCCUACAGCACCUACAGAGGAAGCUGAGAGCGGCUUACACCAGCAUUCUCAU